CAGCCUCAGAGACCAUAGGGGAAACUGGCCUCAUGCCAGGGGAGUGCUACAGCACAAGCACAACAGAUUUAUGGGGAUUUACUCUUAUUUCUAGAGGAGUGCUGAUGUUGCUAAAGCAAGUGCAACCUUUGAGGGGUUUACUGUUACUCUGUAAAGCACACCACAGUGGGACACCAUAUCCCAAAUACAGCAGCUCACAAAGCUUUGCUUUCAUUUUCCACUGGAGUCCAUUCAUUUUGUAGUCCAAAGAUAUUCUGAAACAGAGUUUCAAUUCCUGUGCCUCUGACUGACUAGCCAAGCUGGCAAAAUGUGAAAUGACUGAAGUGCUCCAGGGACCACCCAGCAGUCCUGGCUCUGGCAUGUUCCCAUGGUCUGAAGCCCUGUUGCAACUAGAGACGUUGUCCUUAAGGUCCCCUGGUUACUCACAGGGCCCAGAGCUCUUGUAAUAGGACACAGGCAGGAAAAGGGUAAUCGUUUUAAAUUAAAAGAGGGUGGAUUUAGAUUAGAUAUCAGGAAGAAGUUUUUCACAGUGAGGGUGGCGAGGCACUGGCACAGAGAGGUGGUGGAUGCCUCAUCUAUGAAAAUAUUCAAGGCCAGGUUGGACAGAGCUCUGAAAGACCUGAUCUAGUUGAAGAUACCCAUGGUCACCACAGAGGAGUUGAACUAGGUGGCCUUGGAAAGGUCCCUUCCAACCCAAACCACUCGGUGAUUCCGUGACUCGGGGUACUUCUCUGCUUUGCUCACACCCUUUGUUUUUGUGCCUCUGCGGUGUUAACCCAGGGGUGAAUCUCUCCUUUCAGUGAGCACUGCCCCAUCCCAGCCCCCGCUCCGCGGUCACACCGCUGUGGGGUGCUUUAAAAAACCAGCCCCGGACGAAUGGCACCAGCUUCCAUGUGUUCGACCAAGGCCGCUUUGCCAAAGAGGUGCUGCCCAAGUAUUUCAAGCACAACAACAUGGCCAGCUUCGUCCGGCAGCUCAACAUGUAUGGCUUCAGGAAGGUGGUGAACAUCGAGCAGGGGGGGCUUGUGAAGCCUGAGCGGGACGACACUGAGUUCCAGCACCUCUGCUUCCUGCAGGGCCACGAGCACCUCCUGGAGCACAUCAAGAGGAAGGUGUCAGUAGUGAAAAGUGAGGAGACCAAGAUGCGCCAGGAGGACCUCAGCAGGUUGCUAUACGAGGUACAGAUCCUGAGAAGCCAGCAGGAGAACAUGGAGUGCCAAGUGCAGGACAUGAAGCAGCAAAAUGAAGUUCUUUGGCGGGAAGUUGUUUCUCUCCGGCAGAACCACUCACAGCAACAGAAAGUCAUCAACAAGCUGAUUCAGUUUCUGUUUGGCCAGCUCCAGUCAAGCCCCAGCAGCACUGGGAUAAAGAGGAAGCUGCCUCUGAUGCUCGACAGCGGGAUCUCGGCCCCACCAGUGUCCAAGUUCAGCCGGCAUUUGUCUGCAGAGCCCCUGCACGACCCCUAUUUCAUACAGUCGCCAUCAACAGAGCCUGCCUCGUGCUUAAACAGCCCUGCAAUUGCUGGAGGACCCAUCAUAUCUGAUGUUACUGAAGCAUCACCAUCCAACAUCAUGAAUAUGCAAUCCUCUCCUGAAAAUGACAGGGAGAAGUGCCUCAUGCUGAUCAAGGAGGAGCCAGCGAGCCCCGGAGUGAAAGGCAGCGCCGAGCCCGAGGUGCCCCUGCCCGGCUGCCGCGCGUGCGCCGAGCCGCCGGUGCUGCCCGUGGCCAUGGUGCAGUCUGUCCUGGAGGGCAAAGGCAGCGGUGCAGCCCCGCCAGGGACCCCCCAGGCACCCGACAGGAGGGGCAGGAGGGCACUGCUGGACAGAACAGAUAUUUCAGACCCGUUGGAGGGCACCGACUGGAGCCUGGAGGGGCUGCAGCUGCUGCUGAGGAGCCAGCAGUACAGCCUGGAGCCUGCCAGCCUCCUGGAUGUCUUUAAUCCCAAUUUACCUCUGAGUGAGUGGAAUUUGACUGAAAUGGAAGCCAGUCUGUCCCCGAUGCAGCGACUCACAGUGGAUCUGGAGAAGAGUGCAACUGAGCUGCCCCCAAAAGUGUUCAACCCACCAUUCAACGGCACCUGCCCAGGGAAAGAUGCCAUUCUUGAAAGUGCCCAGCAGUUCCUCCUUGACCGUCAGUCCAUCUUUGGGAACGACCUCAUCAGCCUGCCUGAAAAUUCAUCACUUUAUGUUCCUUCUGAAAAUACAGCUUCCUACAUGACCUCUGUGGGUGUCCAAGGGGAUAUCCCUCUAAACCUGAGUUCUUCAAUGGACAACAGCCAGUGAUUUAACUUCCAAGAAACAACAGCUCCCUCCCAGCCACCCAAGCAUCCACAGGUUUGAAUGUAAAGAAACAAAACUGACUCAGAAACUUGCAAGAGAGUUUCUUUUUGUGCCCGUUUUUUUUUUUUUUUUGAGUAGAUGGAAAUGGUCAGUAGCUGUUGCAUUACCCUCCCUGCACCUGGAUUUCACUGUUUUUAAAACAAAAUACUGCUUCUUGUGCUUGCUCUGAGAGGGAGGGAGAACUUGCCAGGAUUUUUUUUUUUCCCUUGAAAAUGCUUUAGAAAUUUCAAACCUUUUAAUAAAAUUUAAGUGAAGAGUAGGUUGAAAGUCCAUCUGAGACUUCAUAAAAUAGUGAUCCUGAGUAGUGCCUGCAAUGGCAAACUGUUGGAUUUUAUUGGGGCAGCACAGAUUAGCUAAGAUGCCUGACCCUUGUUUUUUAAUAGCAAAAUAGUUCUACAUGCCAGUCCAAUGCUCUGAAAAGAUUUUUUAUCCAUUUUCUGGGUUUAAUGGGAUGCACCCGCUGUUCCUAGGGUGAGUAGGAAGAAGAUCUUUUGGGGUGUGUAGAGCCUUGUUUUCUCAGUGACCCCACCAAGAAUGUGCCUCUGGCUCUUAGGGGAGCUGCACACCAUCACAGGCUGCAAAACAUCCCAUGCUGAGUUGAGAGCUUUUGUUGUUUGGGAUUUAUUUUGCCCCAAAUUAUUUUUCUCUUACAUAAAGUCAGGGCACACCAUACUUAAAAAAUAGAAAAGGGAUAGACUUUUCUGCACACACAAUUUUCCAUGUGCAGAGAGGGCUGAGGGAGUGCACUCUGGGUUUUUGGUGCUGGCUAAGUAUUCCAUGUCCAGUCUAGUGUUUUUUUUUUUUUCCCUUGGCUUUGACCUGUUCUAUUUCCCCUGAAGAUGUGCCUGUUGGUUUAUUGAUGUAUAAAAUUUGAUUAAACAGUUUAAUUUAUUGGUUCCCCUUUUUAGAAGGACUCUCAGCUGCUCAGUGUAGGAGAGAGGCAGAAUGGUUAGUCCACCAUGUCCCACAAACUUCUGUCCUUUGUGCAUCUGAGACCAGCCUCAAAGGCUGAACUAACCUUCCCCAUCCAUGUGGUUUCUGAAAACUGAGUUUCUCAACAAAGCACAGCUUUGUUUUUUAUGCUGUAGUUCUAAUGAGAACGUAUUAUUUAUCUCAGUAUCUUCUACCUGAGUUGCUUUUCCUUAGGAAGGUUACCCAAAUGCAGUAGGACAGACCCAGGAAAUUCAAUUAACUCAGGCCUCCUAAGGGCUUAGACAGGGAGGUUUAAGCUGUGCCAAUAUCAUUUGAAGAAAUGCUCUGCCUGCCUUCAUUGCCAUGACAAUUUUUGGUUAUGAACUGUAUUUGUGAGCAUUGUGGUCAAGCAUCCACCCCAAAGUGUAGCUAACCAGUCAGAUGAGUGCAGGCUAAAAAUCUCAAUAAGAUGAGCAUUUUUAAAAUGGACCUUCCUGUCGCAGCCCUUUCCUCCAUCCAUUUAUCACUAUGUGAACAAAUGUGUUAGUUCAGAAACACUCACUUUUGAGCACAUUUUUGCCCAGCUGAUUCCUGUGCUGGGAGCUCUGUCACUCCUUGGUGGUGUGGUCUGUGCAGGAGCGAGGUUGUGAGAGCUCCUAAAUUAAUCCCAGCCACUGUUUUUGUGUUCAGGACUAAGGGAAAAUUCCAGCAGCCCCCAUGGGCCUGGAAUUUAGACGAUGUGCUUGAGUGUAUCCUGGACAAGGUAUUUCUUUUUGACAGAUUUGUGCUUAGAAAUUUCACCUAGCUCAGCCCAUUUCCACCCUAUUUUGCCCUUUCCAGCGAUGGAAAGUCACUGAGUUGCACUCUGUUUACUUCUUUUCUCACAGCUAAUUGAAAACUGCCUGGUGUCUCCUGACACUGACAGUGAAUGUUCAAGAUUUACACCCUUCUCUGAACUCCCACACUCUAGGCUUUUGUCAUGUUAACACUGAAUGUAUUGAUGCAACAAGGUAUUUAAGCACAUGCUUAACUUCACGCUCCUGAGGAGUUUUCCUGUAUUUUUCUGGAGCCUGUCACAUGCUUGAGGCUGGGCAUGCGCUUGUGUCUGACUGGAUUGUCUGCUUGGGGUUGAGAAAUGAAGCCCUGGGAGAGCUGCCCGUGGGCACAGCCAGGUGCAGCUGGGCCCUGCCUCUGUCCUGCAGGGCAGCUCCAGCCUGUGCUCGUGGGGAGCAGCCUCUCAGGAGGGCUCGUGGGGUUUUCUUUAGGCUUUUUGCUCUACUAUAAACAUGAGAUUGGAGCUUGAUGGUGAGAGAGGAACCUCCAGGAAGAGCACUCGGGAGCCAUUCCUGUGAAGAAGGCUUGUGUUCCUCGGCUUUUUACAUUGUUACAUUUACUUGAAGGUGAUGUGCUGAGACUGCGUUUUUGCACUAUGCUGUACAUUUGUAAAGUUUUACAGAAGACACUAAUUAAACGUUUCCUUUUUCUCAUUUCGUGCUGCUUUGGCAUUUCUCUCACUCCUGUCGUCUGUCCCUUACUCCUCUUCUCCUUCCCAAGGCCUCAGUGACAAGUGAAAAUCGCUGCUAAGCUUUCAGAGGGCUUGUGAGGGCCCCUGGUGGGCUGUGGUCCCUGUGUGAACACACAGGGGCUGGGGAAUCCUCCCGUGUAAGAUGUGGGGAAGUUAACACAGCUUGGAAAGCUGCUGAAUUCUUCAAACUCAAAUGCCUCUCAGGGUGGAUGUAGCUGGUAAAAUCAGGGUCACAGUAAAAGAAUCUACAGUUCUUGAAACUAUUUGCUGCUUUUUUCCCCCAUUUGUCCUAUUUUUCUUGCUUUCAGUGAUAACAGAGCUCAAACUUCACUCUCUGAAUUAUUUUUUUAAACCUUUUGUUUGCAAACAUAAUGUGAUCCUUUAUGUUUACCUGUUUUUAGUGUAGUAAGUGGAUACCAGGACAGGCACCAAAACACAGCAUGGAAAAUGCAAACCCCAAACUCCUCAAAAUAGUCCUUAUCCAGCUUUCUGUCAGAAAAGGAAGCAGCUGCUUUUUCAGGAUGGAGCUCAUACAGGCUGGUGGCAGCAUUUGCAGCUUUCUGAAGAGCAGAUUCCUGCGCUGC